GCAGCUGUGAGCCCUGGAUCUCUUCAAGAACCAGAAUUAGGGGAAAGCACCCUGACCAAUACAAUGACAGAAGACAAGAAGUUCACCGGAACCUUGAUCUUGGCUGUCUUCACCGCAGUGCUGGCCUCCUUCCAGUUUGGAUACCACCUUGGAGUGAUCAAUGCUCCCCAGCAGGUAAUUGUAGCCCAUUACAGAAGUUUACUGGCUGUCCCUCUGGAUGAAGAGGAACCUUAUAAUUCUACUGAUGUGUACAUACCCAGUGUGCAGACAACCACUGGUUAUGAAGAAAAAGAAAUUGAGCCAGAUCCAUUCCUUCCCAUAGUCACCACGUAUUGGUCACUGUCUGUGUCCAGCUUUGCAGUUGGUGGGAUGAUCUCCUCAUUCUUUGGUGGAUGGCUAGGAGACAAACUAGGAAGAAUUAAAGGAAUGUUGGCCACAAACGGUCUCUCAUUGAUUGGAUCUCUCCUGAUGGCCAUCGCUAAAUUUGGCCCAUCUCACAUACUUAUCAUCUCAGGGAGAUUCAUCACAGGAUUAUAUUGUGGUCUGGUAUCGGGACUGGUUCCAAUGUAUAUUGGUGAAAUUGCUCCUCUGUCUCUCCGAGGCGCUCUGGGUACCCUGCACCAGCUGGCCAUUGUGACAGGAAUUCUUGUCAGUCAGGUCAUUGGACUUGACUUUAUCUUAGGCAAUGCUGACAUGUGGCCUGUACUGCUUGGCUUAGGUGCGGCACCUGCUGUCCUUCAAUGUUUGUUACUCUUCAUCUGUCCAGAGAGCCCCAGCUACCUUUACAUUAAGCUGGGAAAGGAAAACAAAGCCAAAAUGAAUUUGAAAAAGCUCAGAGGAGGCUAUGACCCCACAAAGGAUAUCCUAGAGAUGAAAAAAGAAAAAGAAGAAGCUGCCAAUGAAAAGAAAGUCUCCAUAAUUCAGCUUUUCACCAUGGCCAGCUACCGGCAGCCCAUCCUGGUAGCACUGAUGUUGCACAUGGCUCAGCAGUUUUCCGGAAUCAAUGCAAUCUUUUAUUAUUCUACCAGUAUUUUCUCCACAGCUGGUGUGGAACAACCCAUUUAUGCAACAAUUGGAGUUGGAGUGGUGAACACUAUCUUCACCAUUAUCGCUGUAUUCCUUGUGGAGAGAGCAGGGAGGCGUUCCUUGUUCCUGGUGGGCAUGAUAGGGAUGCUUGUAUGUGCCAUUGCCCUGACAGUGGGGCUAGUAUUGUUGAAUCAAUUUAGCUGGAUGAGUUAUGUGAGCAUGAUAGCAAUUUUUCUCUUUGUGAGUUUCUUUGAAAUUGGGCCUGGACCAAUCCCCUGGUUCAUGGUGGCUGAAUUUUUCAGCCAAGGACCACGGCCUGCAGCUAUCGCCAUUGCUGCCUUCUGCAACUGGACCUGUAAUUUCAUUAUAGCCUUGAGUUUCCAGUACAUUGCGGAUUUGUGUGGACCUUAUAUAUUUGCCCUCUUUGCUGCGGUGCUCCUAGGCUUUACUCUGUUUAUAUUUUUUAAAGUUCCAGAAACCAAAGGAAAGUCUUUUGAAGAAAUUGCUGCAGAAUUCCGUAAGAGGAGGGGGGGCUCACCUAAAGGACCUAAAACUGCUGUUGAACUUGAAUACCUUGGAACCAAAGAGAAUGCAUAAAAGAACCCUUAGGCCACAAGACAUGGGAACAAAAUUUAUUUUGUAUCUUCUAAAGAACUACAUGUCAAAAUCCUGUGAAGAAUUUUAUUUUUUUAGGAAAUAUAAAAGACUCAAGAGGCA